AUGUUACUGAUUUUCUUUACUACAAGCAUUUUUCUUCCGAUUAAUGCUAUAUAUCAAUCACGAUUAACCAUAAGCUCUGCAGGUUACGAGUUUCAGCCGAGAUAUUCAAUUCAAUUAUUAACAUCGACAACAACACCAACAAUCGCCGACUGUUCGCUGCUAUGUAAUCAGCUGCUAUCGUGUCGAAUCUUAGAUUUUGAUUCACUUUCCGAACGAUGUCGACUAUUCGAAGCUGACACCAUCACGGCUGGCUCAAUCAUCGUGUCAUCUUCGUCGACAUCACAAGUAGGUACCGUUCAUAUCUCAUCCGAUCUCUAUGUGUUAAUACACAAUCGCUCAUGUAACCUGUGUCAAGAAUAUCGAUAUGAAACAUGUGCAGAGAAUACGAAUAUAUGCCAAUGUCCGAGAAACAGUUACUGGAAUGGAAGUGUAUGUGCAUUACAAUUGCUUGAAAACGAUACAUGUGUUCAGCGAGAUGCAUGUCGAUCAGAUUUGAACUUAACUUGUGCACAAGAUUAUUUUGAUGAUACAUCAGACUUGGGCUCUACCUUUGGUAUUACAGUGAUUGGCUCAUGCAUCGGUAAUCUAAGUACGGAUCAAACGUUUUUGGCAUCACAAUCAGAUAUUACGAUAGACGGUAAUAACACGAUAUAUGUUGGCGAUAAUAGUAAUCGAAUGAUGAGUUUUGCGCAAAACAAUUGUACAGCUCGAGUGCUUAAAAGCUUUUCAUCAUGGCCAACAUUUGCCUUCUAUGAUAAUAAAACGUCAUGGUUAUACGGAGUAGUCAUGGUACUUCACCUUGUUUACAUAUGGCCAAUUAACCAGACUAUUCCAGCAUCUGGUAUAUCUUAUCAGAACUGUUCAAUGAAUUCGCAAUAUUAUCCAUCUGGAAUCGCCGUGGAUAGUGUAGGAAAUGUCUAUGUAUCAAGUUAUUAUUGUAAUUGGGUAGUAAAAUGGGCGCCCAAUGCUACUAGUGGCACGUUGGCAGCCGGUUCAAUGUAUGAAGGUGGUAGUACUGAUUAUACUCUUUAUGCACCGUACAAUAUAGCGUUAGACGAAGAGAAUUCUUUCCUGUAUGUCGUAGAUCGAUACAAUCAUCGUGUUCAACGAUUCUUGUUGAACGGCACUGGUCAGGGGGUGACAGUCGCCGGUGGUAACGGUCAAGGUUCAGCACAGAACCAGCUAGAUCGUCCGACUGACAUUUAUCUUUCACGAUCAAAGACUGAAAUCUAUAUCGGUGAUUCUAAAAAUAAUCGAGUUCAAAAAUGGGUGCUUGGUCAAUCGAGUGGAACGACGGUGGCAGGCAGCCCCAAUGGAACAUCGGGUCGAUCACCGUAUCUAAUGAAUACUGCUUAUGGUAUAGCUGUGGAUUAUGAAGAGAAAUAUCUAUAUGUUUCGGACAGUCUCAAUAAUCGUAUUCAACGUUUUUCUCUUCGUAGAAAUAUCUGA